AUGAAUAUCAGCAUGCGCUCCAGCCAAUCCUCGUACGGGGACCCGCGGUAUCUCUCGACCAUGACCGCCUCCGAUGCUCCAGCUCCGGUGCCGCCGCACGGAAAGACACUCGUGGACGGGUAUCGGGAUGCGCUGGACCCCCAACAUGAGGAGCGGUCACGAUACAACCCACUCAACCCGACUCACCCGCGAAGUUCGGUUCUCCUGAACGCCAACGACCCCGUGGCCAUGUAUCUGCUGACCGAGACCGCGAUAGGGGAUAGCACGAACUACGAAGUCCUAUCCCUCGAGGAGGUCGAAGAGCUGAAGAAGGAAGUCAUAUUAUUGUCCACUCGUAUCCAUGGCACGAAGCGGAAACUGGCACUUGAAACGAAACUGCGUGACGCGGCGCAGUCUCUCGGUAGGCUCUACAGCCCGCCCAGCCCGCGGAGCAGCGGUGAAUACGGCGCCAAUGGUGGUUCGAACUCGCACCGGAUGAGCCGCGGUAUAUUUGGUCGCAGUGGGGCUUCUGAGGCCCUCGACAAGAGCGACUCCGAACUCGCGGUCAGCCAGCGGCGAUGUGAGGAGUUGGCGCAGGAACUCUGGAAGCUGGAGAAAAGGUCUCAGACAAUCACCCAGCGCUUGCUGGAGCACACUGCGGGUGUCUUGCAGAUGACACACAAGGGUUUGAAGAAGAGUCCUAAGAACCCUGAUCCGCGCACUUCGGAUAACACCUAUGAUGAUCGCAAAUUCGACGAUCGUAGUCUUUACCGGACAACCGAGCAUUUGGAUAACUUCGGCGUGAACGGGAAGAUCGAGACCAAUGCGGCUGCCGGAAUGAAUACCGACGCCAUGCAGGCUACAGAACGACGAUUGGAGGGACUUAGCGAGCGCAUGCAUGACAUGAUGAUACAGUCCAAUCCCGGUGAAUUCAUCGAUCCUCCUCCGCAGCUGUCAGGGGGUGGGGGGCCCGUCAAUCCCACAGCAACGGUCGACGCUCACUUGGACUAUAUCAAGAAUAGCAUGAAUAAUAUCGUCUUGCAUACGGGAGACAUUCCUGCUCCCAUGGCUGCUCGCGAUAUUGCACCUGAAGCCGAGGGCGCCUGGAAACACCAACUCACCGAAAUCAACAAUCGAGUGCAAGCCAUUGUUGACCGGUUUGGCUUGACCCGUUCGCCAACCUUGCCUCCACCCCCCGACGCGUCUCACGGCGAGGGGCUGGAAGAACAACUCUCAUACCUUCAGGCUGGUGUAGAUGGUCUGGAUAGUCGAGUAGAUGGGGUUCUUGAGCAGAAGAGUAUUCUCACCACGCAAAUCCAGCAGCAACGCGAGCUCAACUCCAAGUCGGAUGCCGAACGCGAUGCCCAUAUCGGCGACCUGACGGAACAGUUGACCCACGUUCGCAGAGAUCUUGAAGUAUCUGAGCGUGAAGCCAACGCCAGUCGCGACGAGCUGGCCCUUGUCAUGGAACAGCUCAACGCAAUGCGCCACAGUGGCUCUUCCCAGGAAGAAGCCAAGGCGACUCUUGUUCAGGCCGAGGGUGAAGUUGCGCGUUUGCAAAGCGUCGUUUCCUCGCUGCACACCGAAGCUGAUGCCAGGAUCAACGAAGUCAGCGAAGCCCGGGAAGCCCAAGAUAAAGCAGAGGCCGAGGUUAAGCGCCUGCAACAAUACAUCGACGAUGUGCAGAGAGACAACGAUACCAAAGCAGAGCAAGUCAGUGAUGCUCGCGACCGCGCAGAAGGCGAGGUCAAGCGCCUACAGGUCGUCAUUGCAUCACUGCAAAACGAUACCGACGCUAGGAGCGAAGAGGCCAGAGAGGCCCGCGACCAUGCGGAAGAAGAAGUGAAGCGUCUACAGGUCAUCAUUACAUCUUUGCAGAAUGAUAACGACGCUAAGAGUGAAGAGGCCAGAGAGGCCAGAGAGGCCCGCCACCGCGCGGAAGACGAAGUGAAGCGUCUACAGGCCGUUAUUGAAUCGCUGGAGAAUGAUACCGACGCUAAGAGCGAAGAAGCCAGAGAGGCUCGCGACCAUGCGGAGGGCGAGGUUAAGCGUCUCCAGGCGGUCAUUGCAUCGUUGCAAAAUGGUACCGACGGUAAGAUGGAAGAGGCCAUAGAGGCCCGCGACCGUGCGGAAGACGAAGUCAAGCGUCUACAUAUAGUCGUCGAGACUUUGCAAAACGACACCGAUUCUAGAGGCGAGGACGUCAAGGAAGCCCGGGAGCGCGCGGAGAACGAGUGUCAACGCCUGCAGAGCGUCGUCGAAACACUACAGAACGAUAGCGAUUCUAGAACCGAGGAAGUUAGGGGUGCUCGUGACCGCGCAGAGCAAGAGGUCGCUCAACUCGAAGGCGCGAUCCAACAGAUCCGGAUUCAAUCUGAUGCCCGUGUUAAGGAAGCGGAUGAUCAGCGCGCGCAGUCCGACCACAACGCCACCCGCCUGCAGAAUGAGUUGACCGAGCUUGAAGGCGAGAUUGUGCGGGUCACAACUGAACUGACAAUGGCCAAGGCAGAGCUGGAUGGUGCCUAUGGUACUCGAGCCGAACGCGCGGCAGAGGUGGCUUCGAACCCUAGUGUCCAAAGGGAGAACGAUGCUCUGGUUACGCGAAAUAUCGAGCUCACUGAAGAACUGGCUGCUCUGAAGAGCCAGCGAGGAGGUGGCGAUCUUCAGCAGCGGGCGGAUACUCUUGAAAGAGAACUUCGUGAGACCAUCGAUGACUACGAAGCGAUGACGAAAGCCAGCAUCGAGUUUGAGAAGGAACGCGAACGCUUUGAAAGUUUCAUUGACAGUCUUCGGGAUCGUUGCGAGCAACUCGAGACACAACUGGCAGAAGAACGUAUCAGCUGGAUGAACUUGAGUAGUCCCACAUCCGUGGGCCGCGACGGUACUUCUGAGACGACAUCUACCAUGGUGCUCAAGAAUGAGUUCAAGAAGAUGAUGCGUGACACGCGCAACGAGAACAUGAAGAUACUAAGGGCCGAACAAGAAGAGCGCCGCAGGAUUGAAGGGUUGCUGCGAGCCCUAAGAAAGGAGCACGCCCAAGUGACUGGCAAGCCCAUGCCCAGCCCAGGUGGCACUCCAUUAUGA